UUCCUCUCUUUGCUCUCUGUUGCUUCAUUCCUCUCUUUGCUCUCUGUUGCUUCAACAGGGGUGGCACCUGCGAAGAAGAGCCCCAAACUGCAGCAGUUGGAGCGUAAGGACAGCCAGGGCAGCUCGCAGCACAGCACGUCCAGCCAGCGCAGCGUCCACGCCAGUGACUCUCCGGCUCGCGCCUCCCAGGCCCCGACCAGCGAGACGGCCGCCCCCUCCGCCCCCGCCACCCCAUGCCCAUCCCCCCCCCCGGCCUGCCCCUCCAGGACCCGGCGCCGCCCGCGGCCGACGGCACCCGUCCAGAAGAAGCCGGACCCCUUCAAGAUCUGGGCGCAGUCCAGGAGCAUGUAUGAAAGUAGGCUACCGGACUCUCAGGAGCAAGACAUCUUCCUGUGGAGGAAGGACACGGGCUUCGGGUUCAGGAUUUUGGGAGGAAAUGAACCCGGGGAACCAAUCUACAUCGGCCAUAUUGUGAAGUACGGCGCGGCCGACGAGGACGGCCGGCUACGCUCCGGGGACGAGCUGAUCUGCGUGGACGGCACGGCGGUGGUGGGCAAGUCCCAUCAGCUGGUGGUGCAGCUCAUGCAACAGGCCGCCAAGCAGGGCCACGUCAACCUGACCGUGAGGCGCAAGGCAGGUUUCGGAGUGAAAGUGGACGGUGAGGUGCCACCCUCGCCCGCCUCGUCCCACCAUAGUAGCAACCACGCGCCCUCGCUAGCCGAGGACAAGCGCACUCCGCAGGGCUCCCAGAAUUCCCUGAACACGGUCAGCUCCGGCUCGGGCAGUACCAGCGGCAUCGGCAGCGGCGGCGGCGGCGGCGGAGGGCCGGGGCCAGCAGUGGUCAACACGGCCGUGCAGCCGUACGACGUGGAAAUCCGCCGCGGGGAGAAUGAGGGCUUCGGCUUCGUCAUCGUCUCGUCUGUCUCGAGGCCCGAGGCGGGCACCACCUUUGGUCGCAUCAUCGAGGGCAGCCCAGCUGACCGGUGCGGCAAGCUGAAGGUCGGCGACCGCAUCCUGGCCGUCAACAGCUGCUCCAUCACCAACAAGUCCCACUCGGACAUCGUCAACCUGAUCAAGGAGGCCGGGAACACAGUCACGCUUCGGAUCAUCCCAGGGGAUGAGUCGUCCAAUGCUUCACUGCUGACCAAUGCUGAGAAGAUCGCUACAAUCACCACCACACAUGCACCUCAACAACAAGCUGCACCUGAGCCUAGGAACAACACUAAACCAAAACAGGAGUCGUUUGAGUUCAAAGCCCCCCAGGCCCCUCCUCCUCCGGCUCCUAGCCAGGCCCCUCCUCAGGACGCAGAGUUUUACUCAGUGGACCUGGAGCGGGACAGUAAGGGCUUCGGCUUCAGCCUGCGCGGAGGCCGCGAGUACAACAUGGACCUGUACGUGCUGAGGUUGGCCGAGGACGGAGCCGCCGUGCGCAACGGCAAGAUGAGGGUGGGCGAUGAGAUCCUAGAGAUCAAUGGCGAGAGCACCAAGGGGAUGAAGCACGCCCGCGCCAUCGAGCUGAUCAAGAGCGGCGGGCGCCGGGUGCACCUGGUGCUCAAGCGCGGCGACGGCUCCGUGCCGGAAUAUGGUGGCCGUAGCGCCGACGGCCCCGGCCCCGGCACCCAAAGCAUUUCGGAAGUGAGCGCCGUGCCGACCGACAGUCAGAUCCACCCACCAUUGGAGUCCAGCUACCCACAAGACUUUCACGAACCAUCCCAGAAGGAGAACAAGCGAGGGGCAAGGGACACUGGCAAGACGACAACCAAGAAGAAGGAGCACGGCCAGAGCUCCAGCCAUCACCAUUCCAAUCACCGUCACCGCUCGCCGGACAAGAAGAGCAAGAGCAAGGGCAAGAAGAAGGAGGACAAGAAGUCGUCCAGCGGCGGGCACUCCCGCAGUCACGGCCGCAGCCACCACCACAACAGCCACCACCACAGCAGCAGCCACCACCGGAGGCAUCGCUCCCCGGACAAGGGCCGGCGCGCCCGCAGCGCAGAGAACACCCUGGACGGCCGACACGGCGGAGGACGCGGCCGCUCGCCUGGCAGACACCACCACCACCACAACAACCACCGCCACCACUCCUCACCGCACCGCCACAGAUCUCCCCACGGGGGGCGCUCUCCGUACCGGGCCCGAUCUCCGUACCGGGGACGGUCCCCUUACCGGGGCCAAUCUCCCUACCGGGGACGCACCGCUCACCGCUCCCCUCACCGGCACAGCUCGCCUCACCGCCCCCGGUACCAGUCUCCCAACCGGUACCGAGCGCGCUCCGUGGACCCCUACGCCGAUCGGGUGGACAACACCAAGCCGGAGAAGGAGGAGGAGGUGGCCCUGAGGGAGCCUCCUCCGCCCAUGCCGCCCUCGCGGUCGGAGAGCGUCCUGACGGAGGCGGCCGCCCUGGGCCGGCUGAACCGCGGGGACACCCUGCAGCGCGACGCCUCCAGCCUCCUCCGCGAUCCCUCGCCCGUGGACCGCGGCGGCAGCCUCCUGAAGGACCCCGGCAUGCGGGACGCCAUCGAGAGGGCUUACCGAGACGCCGUGGAGCGAGAGCGCGAGCCCCUGACCCUGCCCAGGGAGCGGACGCCCAACAGCUUCGCCGCGUACAACCGCUACAGCACGCUGAUGCGGGGCCGCUCUCCGGAGAGGGAGGACUCUCGGCUCGGGUCCCCAGGGACCCGCUACCGGACACGCAGCCUGGGGAGGGAUCUGUCUCCGGAGAGGAGCUACGCGUAUUUGGAGGAGGAGGAGGAGGAUGAUGAUGAUUACGAAGACGUGGAAGAGACGCCUGACUACUACAGGGUGCCGAGGCCCACCUUCGGCCGUGUGACCAACACACUGCCGGAGCCUAAACCUAAGCCCUACAAAGACAACUCCAGAGACCUCAGCAUCUGACCAAGCCUCUCCGCAACCCUCUAAGGCUCCCUCCAACUCAGCCGACCCCACCGAGUGCCCCCUUCAUCUGUGGGGCACAAGGACCCUGGAGAAACUAAUUCACCCA